AUGUCGGCGGGGGGCGCGCCCCAGCCCGCCCACGCCCUGGACCUGCUGCCGUACUCGCGGCUGAGCCCGGCGCCGCGGGGCGCGUCCCAGCUGGAUGCCGUGGGCGCCGAGAUCCCCUCGGAUCCCUGCACAGGGUACCGGUUCUUUAAGCCGGGGGGUUUGUUCGGGAUGAAGCCGCCGGAGGAGCCGUUCGGAGCCGCGCGCGCGGGCCCCGAGGAGUCCAAGGCCCUGGGCAGCCCCUGCGCCGGGCGGUUCACAGCCAUUUGUGACCAGUUUGUGGUAAUUCUGACGAGUUCGUGGUCAUGGUGGAGCCCGAGGAGAAGCCCGGGAUUGGCGCCGGCUCCCUGGAGCUGUUCCCGGCCGCGGGCGGCAGCUCCGGCCGCUGGUUCCCCGGCGGGCAGCGCGGCCCCGAGCCCCCCCGGGACCCCCCCUGCCCCCCGCGCCGGCUGCUGGGGGGCCCAGGGGGGCGUCCCCGGCCCCUUCCGCUGCGCCCAGUGCGGGAAGGGCUUCCGGCAGAAGCAGAGCCUGGUGACGCACGAGCGCAUCCACACCGGCGAGAAGCCGUUCCGCUGCGGCGACUGCGGCAAGAGCUUCAGCCAGCGGCCCAACCUGCUGACGCACCGGCGCGUGCACACGGGCGAGCGGCCCUUCCCCUGCGCCCAGUGCGGCAAGAGCUUCUCGCAGAAGGCCAACCUGCUGGCGCACCAGCGCAUCCACGGCGCCCACCCCGAGGAGGGCAAGGCGCGGGCGCGGGCGCCGGCGCGGGGCUGCCCCGAGGACGCGCCCUUCGUGUGCCCCGAGUGCGGCAAGAGCUUCCGGCAGAAGCCCAACCUGAUCACGCACCGGCGCAUCCACACGGGCGAGCGGCCCUUCUCCUGCUUCCUGUGCGGCCGCAGCUUCAACCAGAAAACCAACCUGGUGACGCACUACCGGGUGCACACAGGUGAGCGGCCCUUCACCUGCGGCGUCUGCGGCCGCCGCUUCAACCAGAAGGGCAACCUGGUGACGCACUACCGGGUGCACACGGGCGAGCGCCCCUUCGCCUGCGCCCAGUGCGGGAAGCGCUUCGCGCAGAAGCCCAACCUGCUGGCACACCAGAAGACGCACCUGGGCCGCCAGCCCUUCACCUGCCUCGAGUGCCCCAAGCGCUUCAAGAGCAAACUGUCCCUGCGGGUGCACCAGCGGGUGCACACCGGGACCCCCGGCCCGGCCCCCGGCGCCCUGGACCCCGCCGGGAGCCCCUUCCCCUGCGCGCUGUGCGGGGAGGCCUGCGCGGAGCACGGGGGGCUCCGGCCGGGCCACGGCGGCGCCGAGCGGCCGCACGCCUGCGCCGAGCAGCUGCACGCCUGCGCCAAGUGUCCCCACGGCUGCGCCGAGCGGCCCCACGCCUGCGCCGAGCGUCCCCACGGCUGCCCCGAGCGGCUCCACACCUGCGCCGAGCAGCGCCGCACCUGUGCUGAGCAUCCUCACGCCUGUGCUGAGCAUCCUCACGCCUGCGCGGAGCAUCCCCACGCCUGUGCGGAGCACCCCCACGCCUGCGAGCGACCCCACGCCUGCGGGCAGCCGCAGCCCUGCGCCGAGCGGCCGCACCCCUGCGCCGAGUGUCCCCACCCGUGCGAGCAGCCCCACGCCUGCGCCAAGCGGCCGCACCCGUGUGAGCAGCCCCACGCCUGCGCCGAGUGCCCCCACGGCCACGCCGAGCGUCCUCACGCCUGCGCCGAGCAUCCUCGCACCUGCGCCGAGCAUCCGCACCCCUGCGAGCGGCCGCACCCCUGCGAGCGGCCCCACGGCUGCGCCGAGCAGCCCCACGCGUGCGCCGAGUGUCCCCACGCGUGCGCCGAGUGUCCCCACGGCUGCGCCGAGCGGCCCCACGCCUGCGCCGAGUGCGGGAAGCGCUUCCGGCAGAAGGUGAACCUGGCCGUGCACCUGCGGACGCACACCGGGGAGCGGCCGUUCCGCUGCGCCGACUGCGGCAAGGGCUUCAGCCAGAAGGCUCACCUGCUGCGCCACCGCCGCACCCACGGCGCCGGCCUGGCCCCCCCCUGCGCCGCCGCCGACCCGCUGGGCAAGGGCCCCGAGCCCCCCGCGCUGCUGCUGCCGCCCUGCUCCCGCGGGGCGCCCCCGGCGCGCCCCGACAGCCCCUCGGGCGCCGCCGACAUCCUCCUGCAGCUGAUGCAGGACGAGCCCCCGCCCGGCCCCGGCGCCGCCGCCCCCGGCCCCGGUGCCCCCCUGUAAGUGCCCCGGGGCGGGGGGCCCGAGCCCGCGGGCGCCGGGGCUGCCCCCGCCGUGCUGCUGCGCCGCCUGCCUGGCCCCCCGCCCCCCUGAGCCCCCCCGCGGGCAGCUCUGGGCCAAGGCCGGGGGCUGCGCCCGCGCCUUCGAGGAGAAGCGAGCGCCGGGAGCGCCGGAGCGCGAGUGCGGCGAGGAGAAACCCGCGCCGUGCCCCGGCUGCCUGUGAGCCCCGGCACCCGCCCCGGCUGCCUGCAACCCCCGCGCCGGCACCUGCGCUGAGACCCCCCCAGCGGGACCCCCGCCCCGCCCCGGCCGCCUGUGAGCCCCCACGCUGGAACCCCCGACGAGACACCCCCGGCAAGGACCGGCCCUCGGCUCCUGGGGACAGCCGCGUGAGCCCGGAGGAGAUGGAGCCGAGGGGACAGAGCCAAAAAGAUGGGGCUGAUCCAGAGGCACUGAGCCAAAAAGAUGGGACUGAAGGGACAGAGCCAAAAAGAUGGAGCCGAGGGGACAGAGCCAGAGGCACUGAGCCAAAAAGAUGGGGCUGAAGGGAUGGAGCCAAAAAGAUGGGGCUGAAGGGACAGAGCCAGAGGGAUGGAGCCGAGGGCUCCGGUGCCAAGGUGACACCGCUAGCCAGAUUCAGCCCUGGGACUCGGAGCAGCCUCCAGCCGGGGCUGUGGGGCAGAGCCGGGCUGGGACAUGGCACAUUCCUGGCUUGGGAAGACGCCAAAGGGCUGGAGCAGCCAGCGCUGGAGCCGGAUCUGCCGCGUGGGCUCCGGCCACACCGGCCAGGAGGAGCUGGGCACAGUGGAGCUGCAUCCACUGGAGCCAGACUCGGGACAGGAGGGGCCCAAAAGGGCUCCCUGUGCUUCCAGAACGUUCCAGCCUGUUGCGGACUGGAUGGCAUUCCCUGAGGACGCAGCUGGGAUGGGAUGGGAUGGGAUGGGAUGGGGGCGCUGGGCCCGCCCUGCUGCGGGCUGACCCCCGGGGUCCCCAGCCCAGCUCCGCGCAGGGGUUGGGAGCACGCUGGGAAGACAGCCGGGAAAAGGCCUGGGAGGGCUCGGCUCCGCUUCCAGAGGGGCCCCGGAGACGCCUCCGGAGCCGGGGGGAUGGGGGGCAGCUUGUGCUUCUGCUUGCUCUGGGUAACCGCGCUUUGGGACUCGCUAUUCCGGCUUGGGGACGGGGCACGCGGGGUGGCCGCUGGAGCCGGAGUCUGCUGGUGGUGGUGGUGGUGGGGGGCUCCAGCGGCACGGGGGGGCUUUGCUGGCGUUUGUGUGGCCUCUCCCUGUGCCCCCGGGGUGACAGAGCCGGGAUCCACGGUCUGGGGCAGAGCUGCGGCCGCAGACACCGCCGGGAGCUGCCACUGCUUCAUCCCAAAGGGAAUCGGGUCCUGUGACGGGACCAACGCCGGGACAGCCGCCCCCGAGCCCCGGCUGGGCAGGGGGUCCCGCCCCACUCCCCUCCCCCAGCUCUGCUCUCUGCAAUUCUAUUUUUUGAGGUUAUUUAAAAUAAAAGCUUCUGAUGGC